CUUUAAGCUUCACAGGCAGUUAAAAAGGCUGAAAGGAAGUCUUGAAGGAAAGAGAAGGUGGCAAGGGACAGAGAAAGAAUGGCAAGCCUUCCUUUAGCAAGUGGGGGAACCGGAAAAAGCCCUUCUGGUGCUCAGUCUGGAAUCCAUGGGGAGAUCUGGGCAAGAACUGGGCAGAAGAUGCUGGAAGAUUUAACCAUCGCUUCACAACCUCAUGCCUGGAAUUUUAGGAGCAUCCAAUAUCAGGAGGAUGAAGGUCCCCGAGGACUUUGCAGCCGACUCCACUACUUUUGUAAUCAAUGGUUGAGACCAGAAAAGCACACGAAAGCGCAGAUGCUGGACCUGGUUGUUCUGGAGCAGUUCCUGGCGCUUCUUCCCCUGCAGAUGCAGAGCUGGGUGCGAGAGUGUGGAGCAGAGACCAGCUCCCAGGCGGUGGCCCUGGUGGAAGGCUUCCUGCUGAGCCAGGCGGAGGAGAAGAAGGAGCAGGUUGAGUUGCAGUCUUUUGCAAUGGAGAUCAGGGAUCCUGAGAGAAAGAGGCAUCCAUCAAAUCUCUCGCAAGAACUGUUUUUCAGGGGGAUCUCUCAGGAAGAUCCAAAUCAGGACACCUCAGGAGGGAAGAAUAGAAGGAAUUUGACUCUUGAGGGAGUGGAAACUAAGACUGAACCUCCAACUCAGGAGGGUCUUCUGCCCUUUGAGGAGGUGGCUGU